AUGCCAAGCUAUUUGAAUUUUCUUCAAGCGGAAAAUCAACGCUUGAAAGAACAGUCGGCUUCCUCGGCCAACGCGACCGAAGCAGACUAUGAUGCCGAGCCAGAGCCGGUGCCACCAGCAGACGCGCCGGAUGAGAGCAAUACCAGUGUGCGCAAUCCCUUGAUCGGCGACCGUGCAUGGUUUCAUCGCUAUGAUCCAUCUGCGCCUCCACUUUUCGUAGGGGAGGCGGCCUGUACAGCGUUUGCUACUCGCUUUCGCCGGUUUCUGACGGGAAACAAUGCCUUACCUCAUAUCCCUCGGACACAGUAUGUCAAGGAAGAGCAGAUCGCGGAGGCCAAUGCUACCACUGUUCAAUGGCCCAGUUUUCAGCAGGCUCGGUUGCUGGUAAAGAUAGCAUUACGUCAGGUUGGCUCGAUAUAUCAUCUAGUUCUUCGCAAGUCAACGUUGGAGAAGCUCGAGGAGAUAUAUCGAACAGGUGACUUUGAUUGCACUGUCAAUCAAUGCAAGUUCUUUGCUCUUUUCGCGUUCGGAGAAGCUUACUCGAUGAGAGCUGAACCCUCAUCUGGGUCUAGAGUGCCAGGGACUUCAUAUUUUGCGCGCGCCUUGAGCUUGGGGCAAGUUUUACCUGAAAGAACAAGCAUCACGCACCUAGAGACUCUCUUGCUACUGUCCCUGUUCUCUUACUACCUUAACCGACGUCAUUCGGCCUUGGUGUUGAUCGGAACCGCCUUGCGGCUGGGGCUGUCGAUUGGGUUGAACCACAAUAUUCCUGAAUCGCAGCUAAUCGACCCCGUGGAGCGUCAACACCGUAUCCGGAUAUGGUGGACGAUAUACAUCUUUGAUCGCAUGUGGGGAUCUAAAAUGGGGCAUCCUUCGCAGAUCCCCGACGAUGACAUCCACUUGGACAUGCCAUCCAACGUCAGUCCGGUACAGCUGCACGAGGAGCAAUUCACAGAUACGGAAUAUCUGACAGCUAAUGUUAACCUGGCCCGAAUCGUGGGCGAAACCAUUGCAAAGUUAUACAGUCGACGAAAGUAUAGCGAGACAUUUCUACAAAGGGUGCAGAAACUACUGAAGGCGUUGAAAAACUGGGUGGAAACGCUACCGGAACAUCUUCGACUUAACGACGACGAUCCGGGAACCUACGUGAAACAUAUCAGCUCUUUACAUCUUUCUUUCAAUCAGUGCGUCAUAUUGACCACCCGACCAACGCUCCUCCACCUUCUCAUGAAACUCAACGAAACCAACCACGAAAGUAUCUCUCAACCUGUCCUGACGCUCGGCGAAGCCUGUAUCCACGCCGCCCGCCACUCGCACUCCCUCAUCCUGACAAAAUGGAUCAACGGCUCCCUCCCGGUCUUCGGCUAUUUUCACGCACACUAUCUCUUCUCCUCGGCGCUCGUACUCGCGAUGUCCAGCUUCCUCCCAAUCGGCAGUCCAUCCGACCUGGGGGCAUUCGAAUCCGGUCUAGAAGUGCUCCGAUCCAUGAGCGAGAACGGCAACCUAGCGGCAUCAGAGUUCUACCACAACCUUGAACAAGUGAAGCAGUGUCUCGACCUACGUAAAUCAAAAAAACCCAAAUCAAACCCUGCCGCCGGCCAACCAAACACCACCGCAUCAGGUUCGGGCUCGACGAUACCUCCAUCUACUUUACCCCAAACAACGCCAGCAGCACCCCCAGCUACGACCGGCCCUGUUCCCUCCCUACUCACAACAGCAGAGGCCGAUCUGAUCAGCAAUAACCCGGGGUAUAGUCAUGCUCAAAGUAGUAACACCACUAUACCCCCAGGCAACCUAACUUUCCCAACAACAGCAGGCGGAAUCACAACUGCAAUGGCGUUCCUCGAACCAACUAUGCAGGACUUCCUGGCUCAAUCGGACUUCGACCUGGGAUUGUUACAUCCAGUCGAUACAUUCAUGAACGAUGAGAAUCUGUACACGUGCCAUGGGUUGUAA